AUGGUUCUUGGGUCGAAGUUGGGAUAUACCUGUGGGUAUUAUGCAGGGGUUAGAUCGGGCCUGUACAAUCCUGUAGAGGUGGAGGCAGCUACAAAGGGGGCUGAGAUAGCUAUGAGAGAAGCCAAUGAGUUGAAGGUGCAAAUAUUUGCUGAAGCCUCCUAUCAAAGCAUGAAACAAGUUGCAGAAGAGAAUGAAAAAGUGGAGGAGUCAAUAACUGCAGGUCAAAGACUAUUGGUGGUGGCUGAUUCUCUAAGGGUUACUAGAUCAAAAUCUAAGUUAAACUUUAAGAUGACAAAGGAGAAAAAGCCUUAUGGGUUUAGGAGGUAUUAG